AUGGCUCCGCGCAAUCAAUCUGAAUCUGUGGGACAAUCAGUGGACCCUUUUGGUAUUGACCGACUGAGCGUUGACUAUGACUAUCUUUUGUUCAAGAUCCACGACGUCGUGUCUUCGAUUCAAUUGAAAACCAUCGAAAUCUGCGAACAACAGAACAAUUUGGUGGAAAAGGGGAUAAUUGAGCAGGUCAUUGAUUCUAACUUGCAAAACCUCCAAGAAUUGCUUAAAAAAUGUGAGGAGUUAGAAACUCAUUUUGAUAUGCUCGAUCAAAUAGAUGUCAUUGUCGAUUCUUUCCGGCCCAGGUUAGAAAAAGUGAUCCAAGGUCACGUAGCGAGCAAGAAAUGA